AUGCAUACGCAGAUCUCUUCCAUUCAAGAUGACAUCCGUACCUUCAACGACAACGUCAACCGCAUCUCCGACCUGCACUCGCGCUCGCUCAACACGACGGACGAUGUGGCGGGCCAGCGCGUUAACCAGCAGCUUGAGGACCUCGUCGCGGACACCAGCGCGCUCAGCGACGUGCUCCGGCGGAGGAUCAAAGCGCUGCAGAAACAGGGUGGUACUGGUAGAAAUGGGGAGAUCCGGAAGCAGCAGACUGGUCUGGUGAAGCAGAAGUUCAUGGAGGCGAUUCAAAACUACCAGACCGUCGAGCAGCAGUACCGGCAACGGUACAAGCAACGUCUGGAGCGCCAGUACAAGAUUGUCAAGCCCGAUGCGUCUCCAGAGGAAGUCAAGGCUGUCGUUGAUGAUGAUCAAGGUGGUCAGAUCUUCAGCCAGGCGUUGAUGAACUCGAACCGUUACGGCGAGGCUCGGUCCGCGUACCGGGAAGUGCAGGAACGUCACGCGGACAUCAAGAAGAUUGAGCGGACACUGACAGAACUUGCUCAACUGUUUAAUGAUAUGAGCAUCUUGGUUGAACAGCAAGACGAGCAGAUCACUGUGAUCAACGACACCGUCAAGGAGGUUGAGAAAGACGUCGAGACAGGCCUAAACUAUACCAACAAGGCUGUCAAUUCGGCGCGUGCAGCGCGCAAGAAGCGGUGGAUUUGCUUCAUCCUCUGUCUCAUCAUCAUCAUUAUCAUCGCUAUUGUGGUUGCGGUCGUCGUGUUGCAGAAUCAGCACAAGAACUAG